GGAACGCGCUCUUAACCGUUUUUAUUUGACUGACGCGUUGUCUUUUUGUCGCCAACGAGACGAAGCCGAGUCGUGUUGGCGGCAACUCUCCGCUUAGCUUUCAGUUAUUAGCCAGGCAGAAUGUUGCGCCUUCGCUGCAAGACCAAGAACGGCAGCCAUGUCAUGCAGGGCUUGACUCACCAGUCGUGCGUGCGAGAGUUGAAGAGGAAAGUGGAAGAGCUGACGGGAAUCCCCUGCGAGGUGCAGAAAAUCAUGGUGGGCUACCCGCCCUCCAGCCUGGACCUGCGAAACGGGGACGCCCACCUCAAGGACUACCCCAUUAAGUCUGGAGACACGCUCAUAGUGGAGGAGGAAAAGAACAAGCCAAAGUCGCUCGCUCAUCCCUCUGUGACCAAACCGCCGGUCCUGGCGCGGCGCGUGGUCCCGGCGGACAACUCCUGCCUCUUCACCAGCGUCAACUACGUUGUGGAGGGCGGCGUGUACGAGCCGGCACGCGCCCCCGAGAUGCGCGGCCUCAUCGCCCAGAUCGUGUCCAGUGACCCGGCGGCGUACUCUGAGGCGGUGCUGGGAAAGACCAACGAGGAGUACUGCACCUGGAUCCGGCGUGACGACACGUGGGGUGGCGCCAUUGAGGUGUCCAUCCUUUCCAAGUUCUAUCAGUGCGAGAUCUGCGUGGUGGACACCCAGACGGUGCGUGUGGACCGAUUCGGCGAGGACGCCGGCUACCUCAAGCGCGUGCUGCUCAUCUAUGACGGCAUUCACUACGACCCGCUGGAGAAAGGAGCGCAGGGCUCCGCGGCGCCGCCCCAAACCGUCUUCUCCACAUGUGACGACAUCAUCCUGGCUCAGGCCCUGGAGCUGGCGGACGAGGCCCGCCGCAAGCGGCAGUUCACGGACGUAAACUGCUUUGCGUUGCGCUGCUUGGUGUGUCAGACAGGCAUGGUGGGACAAAAGGAGGCGCGGGAACAUGCCAAGGAGACGGGCCACACCAACUUUGGUGAGGUGUGAAAGUAAGUCUAGUGUUAGGGCCCCCUUCGCAAAUACAGCCGCUGCUCGUCCACCUGUCAUGUGAUUGUCUACCUCAAGUCGCGCACGGACAUCCAUGUCGACGCACCUUUCAGUGUUUCGCUUUCUACUGAAGACCGACGCCAUCUUUGGACCUGCCUGGACCGGUGUCAGUGGAUCACGACAUGGAGAAGAAAAUCCGCCACGUUGUCACCACUUUAUGUAUGCCAUGUUACACCUCACCACUGGGGGGGCAGCACACGCUCUUUGGUCUCCACCCAACCUCCGUCUUUCUUUUUUCUCCUACAAAGUGUUCCCACCCAACACAAGUCCAUGCUUAUUAUUAAAUUCUGGUCCCUCAGAGGCACAAAAAGUCCUCAGUAGGGAAGGUUAUAGCGGAAAUAUCUCAAAUUGUAGCUGCUGACGUGGUGAUUUGAAGUCUUUGUGCGUCUUCAAAGCUGCUUGAAGCAGCUUUCUGUGACAACUCUGCAUAUUUUCAAACAAAAUAGUUUUUAGUGUUGCUUUGAAAGAAAUUGCAAAUAACGGUGCUGCGGACGUUUGGCUGAAGUGGCAUGGUUUUCUUUUGGGGCUUUUUCAGGAGAGUGAUGCUGAGAGUUUUUGGUGGUGACUUCAAGCACACGGCAAAGUAAAGCUGCUUUUGGAAUCAAAAUACUUUCAGUUCCUUUUUAAUGGAAACUGCGCUUUUAUAAUAAAAAAUGUUGCCUAUCACAAUCCCUAGGUAAGACAAGAAAAGGUUUUUCACUUUUUUGCGCAGUUUAAAUUGUAAAAUAUGGCUUGUACUCCACAGCUAUUUAUGAAGCUAAUGCUAACCUGAUGAAAACAUCCAUAAACCGCCAGUAAUACUGCAUUUACGUCUUGUGACCCACAUAUUAAAGCCACUUGUAGUAACAUGCCACAUUGAUCAUGAUGGUAACCAAGGUUUUGCAGGUAUUAACAUAUUGAGUUUGUAAAAGGUAAUUGUAGAUUAUAAAUCAUGCCUCACACGUGUAUAUUCGAAGGUUGUCGCCUCGCUGAGAAGUUGAUCAACUUUGACAUUCAAUUUAGACCUGAAGACAUUGCUAGCAGGACUACACAAAAAGCUUGUUUUCUUUUAGAUUUGUUUCUACCUGAGAGUAUGCUGAAUUCUUUAUCUAAACAUUGAACACAGGUCUAAUGCUGAAAGAUAUAAACAUCCCAGUAAAAGCUAAAACGUGUGCAAAGUGCAUUGCGUCAAGAGCAGAAUAAGGCGUGCAGUCUACUUUACGCCUCAUUAAUAUGCAAAAUAUACGCUGAUCGUUAAAAGGCCACAAUGCUGGGAGGAGAUGAUCUAAAUAUAAUUAUUUAGCACGCGCAGCCUGAUUGACUAAACUCGUGCCGUUAUUUAGCAGGUCUGAAAUAGUACGUGCAAACCAACAGUUCUGCAAAGACAGACGAGAAUUUUUUGUCCUACAACAUAGUUGGACUGACAUAAUUAAAUAAUUAAAGUGAUGCAUUUUGGUGUCAUUUAGUGUUUUUUUAUGCCGUUUUUUGCAUUCAUUAACAUAUCACAUGACAAUAACUUCUUGAUAUAUAUUUUUUUGUGCCUUGAGCACACAAGUGCAGCCUCUCUCAUGAGUGCACCUUCACAACACAUACAAAAUAAAAAGGUAAAAAAGUGAUUUUAAUGUCGAUGUGCAAUGCUGACUGCUUUUAAAAUGGUAGGCGCCACAAGUAGGAGCACGAUAAUGCAGAUGUGCAGUAAAUGAGUGUCUCCAUGGUGAUGCACCGUACUAUACACGCAGAAUCCUCAUUUAUAUUAGGCGAUCUGCACCCCUUUUCAAUUGUACACGCAAUCUUAGUAGACCACAACCACGUCCACUAAUAGUACACUCUAUUUUAUUGUUUUCACAUUGAUGGAUGUUUUUAGAGAGCUUUAUAAGCGGAAUAGAUUUUAGCCACCUACUGGUAGCGUUUAUGAUGUAGAUUGUGUGAAAAAGGGAAAAACAUUCUUGUCUUAUGAAGGAAUAAUGCAAAAUUCCAAAAAUAAGUGCAGUUCAAACACAGGAAUGCAUUUUACUCAUUGUGGCCUCUCAACAUUACUACCAAGUUGUUGACAAAACAAUAUUUUAAUACGGCCGCAUGUUUUGUGUCGUGUCACUAUUGUUGUUUUCAAAUGAAAUUCAAUUCCUCUGUCAUUUUGUUAGGUUUUGCUCAUGACACUACAAUGAAUGUCACACAAAAAUAACUGGAUGUACCAGUUGUUUUUCUCCUGUGUUGAGUCACAAUUAAAAUCUAUAGCAAGAAA